GAACAGCAGACACGGAGAAGAAGCAGAAGAGUCGAUAUGAGCUGAUAUGAGGUCUUUUGUGUUGGUAAUGUAAAGCUGGAGAUGGGACUAUGAGUGGAGAAAUGCGGACGUAGCUUUCUGCUCCUCAGGCUUUUUGUCCCCGCGUCCUCUGAGAGAGACAGAGUCGGGAUGUUUUCAACCAACAUGGAAACAAAAAGAGUGGAGAUACCCUCCGGCGUACUGGACGACCUCUGCAGCCGGUUCAUCCUGCACAUCCCUAGUGAGGAGAGGGACAAUGCCAUCCGGGUGUGCUUCCAGAUCGAGCUGGCCCACUGGUUCUACCUGGACUUCUGCAUGCAGAACACCCCAGGAGCUCCUCACUGUGGGAUAAGAGACUUCGCCAAAGCUGUCUUCCAUCACUGUCCAUUCCUGUUGCCUCAUGGAGAGGAUGUGCAGAAAGUCCUUGAACAGUGGAAGGAGUACAAGAUGGGUGUGCCGACUUAUGGAGCGAUCAUUCUAGAUGAAUCAUUAGAAAACGUCCUGCUUGUUCAGGGCUAUCUUGCGAAGUCAGGCUGGGGUUUUCCAAAGGGGAAAGUUAAUGAGGAUGAAGCUCCUCAUGACUGCGCAGUGCGUGAAGUGAUGGAAGAGACAGGCUUUGACAUCAAGAAUCGCAUCUGCAAGGACAUGUACAUAGAGCAGAAAAUCACUGACCAGCUGGUGCGGCUCUACAUUAUACCAGGAGUGUCAAAGGAUACCAAGUUCAACCCCAAAACAAGGAAAGAGAUCAGGAACAUUGAAUGGUUUCCUAUUGAGAAGCUGCCGUGUCACAGGAAUGACAUGACCCCAAAGUCGAAACUCGGACUUGCGCCCAACAGGUUUUUCAUGGCCAUUCCAUUCAUAAGACCGCUGCGAGAAUGGAUCAGCAGGCUGAAAGGCGAGUCAACAGACAGCGACGAGGACUUCACAAACAACAGCAACACUCCAGGCAAACCCUCAGACAACGCUCGGUCAAAAUCCCGUCGCCUCACAGGUACCGAUGCAUUUCUGGGAAACGGCUGGACAAAACACACGCAGCAGAAGGCUGUGGGCCAGCUGAGCCAGUAUGAGCUGAAUCAGAACCCAACCUUGAAGGGCAAUGGGAAAAAAAGUCAAGACUCACCUUACGUGAAGAAAGGAGCCAGUGACAAUGGAGCCGGCAGCCAUCAGGUGAAAACCAUAUUAAAAGAAGAUAAAAGACUCCAACCCAGAAGACUGCAAGACAGUUUUGAGAGAGAUCUCGCUCCAUGCAGCUCCAACGGUCACCAGACAGUCCACAGCAGAGACACUGAGCAUCUGCUCUCCUCCAAGGCUUUCCUCAACUUCAGAUUUGACCGAGACGCCAUCAUGAAAUGUUUUGACUACUGACAUGAUGAUGAUGAUGUAGCGCUGUGCCUCACCUGCAACAACGUCAAAUCACGUCCUCAGAGAAUUUUACCUUGUAAUCCAGGCAAGGAUGUUGCUCAACAUGCCCCUUUUGUUCUUGCUUUGCUUGUCAUGAACGCACACUCACAGUGGGGAGUUGCCCGUUUAAGCUUCAUUGGACUCAUUUGCCUUUCCUGACCUUUUUAAUCAGGUGGUUAACCUAACAACACUGUCAAACUAACUUCACCUCUGAAUACGUAGAUUCAUGAUUCUGUCUGUGGGAGACAGUGCAUGAGCUACAAAGAGAGGAUUGCUCAGGUUAACCUUGAGUCUUUUAAAGGCAAAAGAGCAAACAUUUUGAGAAACAUAAUGGAUUUUAAACGCACGUGAGGUAACAGUGAAAAGUCUAAAAUUCCACUGUGAUACCUUAUUGAUUUUGGCCAGUGAAUCGAUGUAAGAUUGAUUAUGUCAUAUACUGAUUUUAAGUCGUAAGAAUUUAGGCGUUGAUCAUUUUCUCCAUUCUUCCAAUUAAGUCCCAAUUAACCGUGAUAAUUAUCAAGAGUAUUAUUGGCUUGAUGUAUUUAAAGUGUUAUUGGCUUUAUUACCAAAAUUGUUUCAGAUUUUAUCCAGGAGUGUAGAAUGUUACAGAAAAAUGGGAACAGCAAGCGAUCAUCACAACUUUUUUCACCACAUUAAAUUCAUUAUAUUCAUGUGGAAGUCUAUGGCUGCCAGUGUUACUUAUAAUGUAUAUUAUCAAUGCUAGAAAACCCGUAUUUAAAGCCACAAAAUGUACAAAAUUAGCAGAGUGACCAUUACAAAGAAAUAACUGCAGGAAAUACAUCAUUCACACAUAAAAGAAACAUGACAUUUCCGGUAGGGUAAAUAGUAUACUUUUAAUAUUUUGAGCCAUAGACUUCCAUAUAUUGUAGUUGUUACUUGCCUUACAGUGACCCAUGUCCCACUGGUGUUUGUCUGGUUUUUUAGCAGUCUUAUAAUUCAAGGCUGUGCUUUCCUGCAAACUGCCAGGUUUCAAUUCCUGUUAAGAUUUCUUAGUCAAGUUCUCAAUCAUGUCCUUCAUGACCCAAUACUAGCUGCUAUAGUGUUUAGUUGGCAUGAAAACAUUCAGACUCUUGGGCUAUGGACCAUGAUGGAGGACCACAGCUUUGGACUACUGUGAACAUAAGUUAUUUUCACAAACUUUGCAAAUGGCCACAUUAAAGGAUUUCUAACUAUUACAGCUGAAAACAUGAGCAAAGGCAAUUUUCAAAGGAUCGGUAACUGUUUCAGAGGUCUUUAAAGUUCAACCCAUGGUCCAAGAAUAUAUAUUUUCUUAAGAGACUAUCAUACGUGUGAGAUGACUAUGCCUGGAUAUGAGCUCUCUUCCUGUGAUGUUUGGCACUGGGGGUACUUUGUUGUUGAUUGUACAGAUGGUGAUCUCAAGUUGUCCUUUGACUUCAGUGGUGUUUUGACCUAACUGUGAAUAUUAAUAAAGUCUGUUUUUUUUCCUCCUUUCUAAA